AUGGACGGCGCACAAUUAAGAGAUGAGGCUGUCGCCGAUCGUGUGCGGUCUGCACAAGAAUUUCUUGAUCCAACUGAUGGCGCCGCAAGAAGUUAUCGAUCCGAAAUUACUGAUAUGCUUCGAAAGCAUCAACGACGUUUAAUCGUCAGUAUCGAUGAAGUUCGUGCACACAACCAUGAAUUGGCAAAUGGGCUUCUCGAACAACCGUUCGAUUUUGCCCAAGCCUUCGAUCGCGCACUAUUUCAAAUCGUGCAAACACUUCCAAAUACCAAUGCUAAGCAGUCUUCUGAAGAUACUAUGUACUAUUGUGCCUUUUCUGGAAGCUUUGGGCAAUUUGCGUGUAAUCCCAGAACGUUAUCGAGUACGCACUUGAACAGGAUGGUUAGUUUGGAGGGAAUUGUUACAAGAUGUUCAUUAGUGAGGCCAAAGGUGGUUAAGAGUGUGCAUUAUAACGAGAAGAAGAAGAUAUUUCAUUUCCGCGAAUACAAGGAUCAAACAAUGACUGCUAGUGGAGCCAGUACAUCGAGUGUUUAUCCACAGGAAGAUGAACAAGGAAAUCCGCUGGUUACGGAAUAUGGAUACAGCACAUACAGAGAUCAUCAAACAAUAUCUAUUCAAGAGAUGCCGGAACGAGCACCGGCAGGUCAACUUCCAAGAGGUGUGGAUGUUAUUUUAGAUGAUGAUUUGGUUGAUAAAGUUAAACCCGGUGAUCGAGUACAGCUUGUUGGAAUUUACAGGAGUUUAGGAAACAGAAACGCAGGACAUAGCAGUGCGCUUUUUAAGACGGUGGUGUUAGCUAAUAAUGUGGUUCUCUUAUCUUCGAAAUCAGGAGGAGGCAUUGCGACACAUACCAUUACCGAUACCGACAUUCGAAACAUCAACAAGAUUGCAAAAAAGAAGAAUCUUUUCAAUCUUCUUUCUCAAUCCUUAGCACCAAGUAUCUAUGGGCACGAGCAUAUCAAGAAAGCUAUUCUUCUCAUGUUGUUGGGUGGUCUGGAAAAGAAUCUCGAGAACGGGACUCAUUUGAGAGGAGAUAUCAAUAUCCUUAUGGUUGGUGAUCCGUCCACAGCCAAAUCUCAAGUUCUUCGUUUCGUGCUCAAUACCGCUCCACUUGCAAUUGCAACAACAGGUCGAGGUUCUUCCGGUGUUGGUCUCACAGCCGCCGUUACAUCCGAUAAGGAAACCGGUGAACGCCGUCUCGAAGCUGGUGCUAUGGUUCUGGCCGAUCGCGGUGUGGUAUGUAUUGAUGAAUUCGAUAAAAUGUCCGAUAUAGACAGAGUUGCGAUUCACGAAGUUAUGGAACAACAAACAGUCACUAUCGCUAAAGCUGGUAUUCAUACUUCUCUCAACGCUCGCUGUUCCGUCAUCGCAGCCGCCAAUCCUAUUUUCGGUCAAUACGACACCCACAAAGACCCUCACAAGAAUAUCGCCCUUCCAGAUUCUCUCCUUUCUCGUUUCGAUUUAUUGUUCGUAGUGACGGAUGAUAUCGAUGAUUUCAGGGAUCGACAAAUAUCUGAGCACGUUUUAAGAAUGCACAGAUAUAGAGAUCCACAGACCGAAGAAGGAGCUCCCGUCCGUGAACAAGCACAUCAAACACUCGGCGUAGGUGUUGAACAAGAAGCAGAUGCCAAUCAAGUAACAUCUGUCUACGAAAAAUAUAACGAGAUGUUACACGCCGGUGUAACUGUUACUACUGGCCGAGGGUCGCAUCGCAGGGUUGAAGUUCUCAGUAUCCCUUUCAUGAAGAAAUACAUUCAAUACGCCAAAACUCGAGUAAAGCCAGUCUUGACUCAAGAAGCUAGUGAUAGAAUUAGCGAGAUAUAUGUAGCCCUAAGAAAUGACGACAUGCAAGGAAAUCAACGAAAGACAAACGCCAUGACAGUUAGAACAUUGGAAACCAUUAUUCGUCUGAGUACUGCGCAUGCAAAGUCAAGAUUAAGUAAUAGAGUUGAGGAGGUAGAUGCAUUGGCUGCUGAGAGUAUUUUGAGAUUUGCACUCUUCAAGGAAGUGCUUGAGGAUGAAAAGAAAUCAAAGAGGAGAAAGACUAGACCUCUUGAAAACGAAUCGUCAGGAAACGAGAGUUCAUCCUCAGAUGAUGAUGAUUCACCAGCUCCUACUUCUCACGCACCAUCGACGAGGGCAACUCGUACACCAGGUACAGCAAGAACAAGAGCUUCGGGCACUUCUUCGUCUAGAAGGAAUGGCGCGACUCCAAGCGGGGUACCAAAUGAUGAGGAAAAUGAUGAUCUAUAUUCAGCGAGUCCAGCACGUCGUUCAGCAAGAGCAUCCUCGAGUCGCGUGCCAACACAAUCCCAGACUUCCUUCGCUUCUUCCUUACCUGCUUCUCAGGCAUUGGGAGGUACUUCGAGUCAAUCGCAGUCUCAAUCACAGAAUGUAGAGGAGGGCGACGAAGAAGAAGAACUUGCAGCUGGAACUGCAGCUUUGAAUGUCUCGACAGGUAUUACACCUAACCGUCUACAAGUCUUCCGUACAACAAUGGGUCAAAUGAUGAACACAUCUCUGUUUGAGGAUGAUAGUGCUGAGGUCAAUGCUAUUAUCGAGGCGGUCAAUAGACGUGUUGGAGGUGGUGCAGGAGGUAGUUUUGAGAGGGAGGAGGCAGUAGCUGCGCUGAGGGCAAUGGAUGAGCGAAAUGAUAUCAUGUAUACUGAGGGCGAUUUGGUUUAUAAAAUCUAG